AUGAAGAUCUUUGUGCAAGCAGUAGACUACAGAUUAUGGAAGAUCAUCCUAGAAGGCCCUCAAUUUCCAACUGGCACAAGUGCUGAAGGAGUAGUCACCCUUACACUAGAAGCAAGCUGGGCCGAGGAAGAUAGAAAGAAGGUGGAGUUAAAUGCCAAAGCUGUUAAUCUACUCAACUGCGCUAUCAGCUUCGAGGAAUACCGACGGGUAUCACGUUGCACAACAGCAAAAGAAAUCUGGGACAAACUACAAAUCACUCAUGAAGGAACCACCAUUGUAAAGAAGACUCGGACAGAUAUGUUGAACAGAGAGUAUGAAAUGUUUGCAAUGAAGGAGAGUCCAUUGAUGAAAUGUUUGAAAUAUUCAACAACAUCAUUGUUGGCUUAG